AUGAACCAGCCCACAAAUGUUGAUCAGCAACACCCUGUGAUUCACGGAGAAAGGCCUAGCAUGAUUGGCAUGGACGAUUUUGAGGUCAGGCAACGGUUUGAAACAAAAGAGGAAGCUGUACUGACAAUAAAGAGUUAUAAUAUUCAUCGUGGUGUAGAGUAUAAAGUGUUUGAGUCCGACCAAUUGAAGUAUCAUGGCAAGUGUGUCCAGUUCGGGAAUGGUUGUAAGUGGCUGAUACGUGUCACUAUGAGGCAGAGAAAAGGCUAUUGGGAAGUCAGAAAGUACAAUGGACCACACACGUGUCUAGCAACUGAGAUAUCGACGGAUCAUAAGCAACUCGAUUACCAUGUCAUAUGUGCUUCGAUUCUAUCGUUGGUGAUGGCUGAUGCAUCGAUCUCGGUUAAGGUUUUACAGAACGUGGUGUCUUCGAAGUUUGGGUUCAAGCCCAGCUAUAGGAAGGUUUGGAUGGUGAGGAAAGGUAAUACCGAAGAUGCGUCAACGAUUUUCUUUCAUCGACUAUUUUGGAUGUUUCCUCCGUGCAUUGAGGCAUUUAAGUAUUGCAAGCCACUAAUAUCCAUCGAUGGUACUCAUUUAUAUGAGAAGUAUGAAGGUACUCUUCUAAUGGCAAUUGCCCAAGAUGGAAACUCGAACAUUCUCCCAGUGGCUUUUGGGUUGGUCGAAGGCGAAAACACGGAUUCAUGGAAGUUUUUCCUCAGUCACCUCCGCCAGCAUGUCACCUCUCAACCCGGCAUUUUAGUCAUAUCUGAUCGGCACAAUGCCAUCAAGGCUGCCCUGCUUGUGGAAGACGGUGGAUAG